CCGAGAUCGCUUACCUUGGCUUUACUUUCAUCUCUGACGCGUACGAUCUCAAGCAUGAACCGCUGCCUUGUAUCUUCCAAUACACUCUGGUGUUGUUCUCCUCUUCAGCAUCAUUUCUUCAGUGUUGAGAAGUAAACUGUCCGGAUCCAGUUCACACCCCUAGUCGCGAUAUCAACUCUUCAGGUAACUAGACUCAGAAUGGGAGUUAGAAGGGUAAUUAGCCCUUGAAGCUUUGAGCUCGAACCCUCUUAUCCCCAGCCCACGCCAUGCCCAAUCCCGUCACACACGACUGCAAACCAGAGAAGGAAAUUUUCGACAAUGGUGCACAACGGAAUCGGACACCCGAGAGGGCAUACGCUACAAUACAGAACCCAUUACACGGUCUUUCGCGGGAUGUUUUACUAGAAAAAGUCGAGGCUUUCGCCCGAGAAAAGGAUCUGGUUCACAUCCUGCCGACGCUACAAAAGGGUGCCUUCCUCGCGCAGAAUCCUUUGGACUUUGAGACUAUGAAGCAACUGGACGAGGCUGACCGCGCCGUUCUCCGUCUGGAGACGACAAACAAAUGGAGACAACCGCGUGCGCUGUAUCUGACUGUGAUCCUCUGUUCGAUCGCUGCUGCUGUUCAAGGAUGGGAUCAAACAGGCUCAAAUGGAGCCAAUCUGAGUUUCCCUGAAGAAUUUGGCAUAAGCACGACCGAACCUGAUCCUGUCAAGGCCAGUCGGAACCAGUGGAUUGUCGGUGUCGUCAACGCUGCACCUUACAUUGCCUCGUCCCUCAUCGGAUGUUGGACCGCGGACCCAUUGAACAACUUGUUCGGUCGUCGGGGUGCCAUCUUCAUCUCCGCUAUCUUCUGCACGUUCUCUGUUAUCGGUUCCGGCUUCUCACAGACCUGGCUGCAACUCCUGGUCACCCGGGUCCUGAUGGGCAUCGGGAUGGGCCUGAAGGCGACGACGGUUCCUGUCUUUUCCGCUGAGAACACCCCGGCAUCUAUCCGGGGUGGGUUAGUCAUGUCCUGGCAAAUGUGGACCGCUUUUGGCAUCUUCCUCGGCUUCUCUGCCAAUCUGGCGUUCUUCCAGAUGGGGCGUCUUGCGUGGCGCUUCCAAUUGGGCUCCGCCUUCAUCCCUGCCGUGCCGCUGCUUAUCGGCAUCUUUUCAUGCCCGGAAUCGCCGCGCUGGUUGAUGAAGAAGGAUCGCUACCACGAGGCGUAUAACUCACUUUGUCGUUUGCGCAACUCGGAGCUCCAAGCAUGCCGAGAUCUGUUCUAUAUCCACUGUCAGCUGCAGAAAGAACUUGCGGCCCUCGACAGAUCGACGUACUGCCGGCGAUUUCACGAGCUCUUCACUGUCCCACGCAUUAGACGCGCGACUCUCGCAAGCUUUACUGUGAUGAUUGCGCAGCAGAUGUGUGGUAUCAAUAUAAUCGCGUUCUACUCGUCCAGUGUUUUCAGAGAUGCCGGUUAUAAUAAUCUCAGUGCGCUCUUGGCAUCUUGGGGCUUCGGUCUCAUCAACUUUCUGUUUGCCUUUCCUGCUGUUUGGACGAUCGACACGUUUGGGCGUCGGAAUCUGCUGCUCUGCACCUUUCCGAACAUGGCGUGGAGUCUUCUGGCUGCCGGAUUGUGUUUCCUGAUUCCAUCAGACUCAAACGCGCGUGUGCCAUUGAUCGCACUGUUCAUCUACGUCUUUGCUGCAUUCUACAGCCCCGGCGAAGGACCGGUGCCUUCUACAUACUCCUCUGAGGUGUUCCCGCUGACUCACCGAGAAAUGGGCAUGAGUUGGGCCGUGGCGACGGGAACGUUCUGGAGCUCUGUCCUCUCCGUCUCCUUCCCCCGUCUGAAAGGCGCCACCGGGAGUAUCGGUGCCUUUGGUUUCUACGCUGGCUGUAACAUCAUCGCGUUUGUGAUGAUAUUCCUCCUUGUUCCCGAAACAAAGCAGCGGACGCUCGAAGAGCUUGACUACGUCUUCAGCGUGCCAACCAGUGCUCAUGCGAGCUACCAACUGCGUGAAGCGCUGCCGUACUUUGUCAAGCGAUGGGUUUUACAGAGGAAGGACGUCCGGUUGCGGGCGCUGUACAAAUUUGAUGACAACGAAUCAGCAAUGGAUAAGAAAUGUGUCGAUUAGGUUGCAACAUGCACUCAGGGCGGCUACUUGGAGUUGAAUUUACGACUUGGCUCGCUGUAUCCUCGAACACGUCAUACCGGAACGUUUGCACGUGACCUUUGCCGUUACGCGAGCAACAAGAAAGUCGUCAUUGGGCUCAUUGCACCCGCAGAGCGCGACCUUGCACGUGAGGUCAUGUGCAAAUCAGGUGACGUAGCUGCCAGUCUGGUCUUCGUGCCUCAGCAUGAGAUCUGUGUCAUAUUGACCCACUUCAAAUCCAUGAGAUGGGCAUAUGAUGCUUGAAAGGUCCG